AUGGCUGAUAACAAAAGUCCCGAUGAUCUCUCUACUGCGAUUCUCCGGCGUAAGGAUAGACCUAACCGCUUGAUCGUCGAAGAAGCCGUCAGCGAUGAUAAUUCAGUGGUGGCGUUAUCACAGGCAAAAAUGGAGCAGCUCCAACUCUUCAGAGGUGACACAGUCUUGUUGAAAGGAAAGCGCCGUAAAGAGACAGUGUGUAUUGUCCUCUCAGAUGACAAUUGCCCUGAUGAGAAGAUUCGCAUGAAUCGUGUUGUCAGAAACAAUUUAAGAGUUCGGCUGUCUGAUGUCGUAUCAAUAGCACCAUGCCCAUCAGUCAAGUAUGGAAAACGAGUACACAUUUUGCCGAUUGAUGAUUCAGUUGAAGGAUUAACAGGAAAUCUGUUUGAAGUGUUCCUGAAGCCAUACUUCAUGGAAGCCUACCGACCAAUACACCGUGACGAUACAUUUAUGGUUCGUGGUGGUAUGCGCGCCGUCGAGUUCAAAGUUGUAGAGACAGACCCUGCUCCAUACUGCAUUGUAGCACCUGACACUGUCAUACAUUGUGAGGGUGAUCCCAUUAAGCGUGAGGAAGAGGAGGAGGCACUUAACGCUGUGGGCUAUGACGACAUUGGUGGGUGUCGUAAGCAGCUUGCUCAGAUCAAAGAGAUGGUUGAACUGCCUCUGCGACACCCAUCUCUCUUCAAAGCUAUUGGUGUGAAGCCACCACGUGGUAUUCUCAUGUACGGACCACCUGGUACUGGAAAGACUCUUAUUGCACGAGCUGUUGCUAAUGAAACAGGUGCAUUCUUCUUCCUAAUCAACGGUCCAGAGAUUAUGUCCAAGCUUGCUGGUGAAUCUGAGUCCAACCUGCGUAAGGCUUUUGAAGAGGCAGACAAGAACUCCCCAGCCAUCAUCUUCAUUGACGAAUUGGAUGCUAUUGCCCCUAAGAGGGAGAAGACUCACGGUGAAGUCGAAAGACGUAUUGUGUCACAGCUCUUGACUCUCAUGGACGGUAUGAAAAAAUCAUCCCACGUGAUCGUAAUGGCGGCGACCAACCGCCCCAAUUCGAUUGACGCGGCGUUACGUCGCUUCGGGCGAUUCGACCGCGAAAUUGAUAUCGGAAUACCGGACGCCACGGGCCGCCUUGAAAUCCUACGUAUACACACCAAGAACAUGAAGCUUGGCGAUGAUGUUGAUUUGGAACAGAUAGCAGCAGAAUCUCACGGUCAUGUUGGUGCUGACUUGGCUUCACUGUGCUCAGAGGCUGCUCUCCAGCAAAUUAGAGAGAAGAUGGAUCUUAUUGACCUUGAGGACGACCAGAUUGAUGCUGAGGUGCUCAACUCUUUGGCUGUCUCCAUGGACAACUUCCGUUACGCUAUGACCAAGUCGUCGCCAUCUGCUCUCCGUGAGACCGUAGUGGAGGUGCCCAACGUAUCAUGGACCGACAUCGGAGGUCUCCAGAACGUUAAGAGGGAGCUCCAAGAGCUGGUUCAGUACCCGGUGGAACACCCUGACAAGUUCUUGAAGUUUGGUAUGCAGCCAUCUCGCGGAGUUCUCUUCUAUGGGCCGCCUGGUUGUGGUAAGACCCUGCUGGCCAAGGCAAUUGCCAACGAGUGUCAGGCUAACUUCAUCUCAGUGAAAGGCCCGGAACUACUCACCAUGUGGUUUGGUGAAUCCGAGGCUAACGUGCGAGAUAUCUUCGACAAGGCCCGUUCCGCCUCCCCCUGCGUGUUGUUCUUCGACGAGCUGGACUCGAUCGCCAAAUCCCGAGGGGGCUCCGUGUCCGAUGCCGGAGGAGCCGCAGACAGGGUCAUCAACCAGAUUCUCACAGAGAUGGAUGGAAUGGGGGCUAAGAAGAAUGUCUUCAUCAUCGGUGCCACAAACCGUCCGGACAUAAUCGACCCCGCUAUUCUGCGUCCGGGUCGUCUGGACCAGCUGAUCUACAUUCCUCUGCCCGACGAGAAGUCCCGCGAGGCCAUUCUGCGAGCCAAUCUCCGCAAAUCGCCUAUCGCCAAGGACGUUGAUCUUACUUACAUCGCUAAGGUUACCCAAGGAUUCAGUGGUGCGGAUCUGACAGAGAUAUGCCAACGCGCGUGUAAGCUGGCCAUCAGACAGGCCAUCGAGGCUGACAUUCAGAAGGAGAGGUCGCGCCAACAGCAGGCCGCCGCUGCGGUUAUGGAUAUGGACGAAGAAGACCCGGUGCCGGAGAUAAGCCGCGCCCACUUCGAAGAGGCCAUGAAGUUCGCACGUCGCUCGGUGUCAGACAACGACAUUCGCAAGUACGAGAUGUUCGCGCAGACGCUGCAGCAAAGUCGUGGUUUCGGCACUAACUUCAGAUUCCCAACAAGCGGCGGUGCAUCAGGCGGAACGGGCACUUCGGGCGGAGACCAGCCCACCUUCCAAGAAGAGGGCGCAGAUGAUGAUCUCUAUAGCUAG